GGCGAGAAGUUCCACAGCGCUCGGGGAACAGGUGCGAUCUCCAAGAACCUUCCCCUGUCGGAGGCGCUGCGGGAUCUUUGGUCCUUGGAGUGCCAAGAUGGGCUGAGGCUUCUGAGGACGUCGACAGAUUUUGACAAAGUGGUGAACCGACACUGUAUCCCGGAAGACUGUUGGGUGGCUCUGAAUGGCAAGGCCAUGAGAUUAGAGUUUCCAUGUCUCAUGAAGCUCGAUGUCUACGACUUGUCCGAGUUCAUGGACCGACAUCCAGGGGGCCCCACCACCAUCCUGGCCUGGGCCGGCAAGGAUGCCUCAAAGUUUUUCAACGAGAUUCACAAGGGCGUCAAGAGCCAUGGCUUUCCGACAUCAGAUGCCCCAACUUGA